AUGGUAUCGUACUGUGAUAGUGAACAUUAUAAAAACUAUAUCGAUGGACUUACUUUUAUACAUCCUUUUUUUAAAUUUGUUUCAAAUAUUGUUAAAAAUGGCAUAACUUCAUCUACUUAUACAGAAAGAGCUAGAAUAAUAUUAAAUAUACUAGAACCUGAACUACAACCACUCGAGUAUAAUACUUCACUAGCUAUUUGUAAUACAACAGCAGGACUAGUGAUUACAAAAAUGAAUAUAAAAACACCAACUGUAGUUGAAGAUAUUAUUUGUUCGAAUCCAAAAUGUAAAAGAAAUACAAGUCGUCCAGUAGCAUUUUUGACAUUCCAGACAUCAGAUGGAAGCUUAAAUGGCUUACAACAAUUUUUAAACCAACGAUUAUCCACCGAGACGUCUGUCUGUGGUUACAUUUCAUCAAAAACAUUACUUUGUAGUAAUACAAAAACAAUAAUUUCAAAAUUAUCAUCAUUUCACAUUUUUAUAGAAGUUUUAUAUUGGAAUAAUGAUGAAACUAGCUGUAGUACUGAAGCUGGCCGUGCUAUAGAAGUACAAAUUUGUGAUAUACCUAAGGUUCUACUACACAAUGGCUGUUCAUAUGAACUAAGAGGUAUUGUAAAUUACCACAGUGGAAAUAUAAGAACAAGAUCAUCAAUUGGACAUUAUAAUGCAUAUUGCAAACGCAGUGAAAAAAGAUGGGAAAUUAUGGAUGAUCUAAAACUUAAACCAACCCCAACAAAAGAAAAUGCAAAA